AUGACCAAGGGACUGUGGAGGCUCGUCUCUGGCGCUGAAAAGUGUCCUGGGACUGACACUGAAGCAAUAGAGAAAUGGGAGUUGAGAGCUGAAAAGGCUGCUGGUGCAUUUUACCUCAAUGUCACCAAAGAGCAGCGCAUCCAUCUUGAUGGCAUCAUUGAUGAUCCUGUCAAGAUCUGGGAGAAACUGGCAAUU